GAGAAAAUAGUUUCAAUUUUCAACUUACUUGCAUCCAGGAUCAUCCUUGACCCCUUGAAGGAAGUUUUUCACCAGCGUGCAAUGUGGCUAUGGCGGUGGCAAAGUUUGAAGACCUUGGCCUUGACGACCGUUUGUUGAAAGCUGUUGGACGACUAGGAUGGUCUGCUCUUACUGAUGUUCAGGCUAAAGCUAUUCCACUAGCUCUGGAAGGCAAGGAUGUGUUGGUGAAAGCACGGACAGGCUCUGGAAAGACAGCUGCCUAUGCUCUGCCUGUUCUGGAGAAAGUGCUGCAGUCGAAGAAGGACCAGACGGCGUCCAGUCAAGCAGCUCAUGUACGGGCUCUCAUACUGGUGCCGACCAAGGAGCUGGCUGUGCAAGCCCUUACCAAUAUCAAGGAUUUAUCGUCUAGCUGUACACGCGAUGUCCGUGUGGCCGAUGUCUCGUCACAUUCCACGUCAACAACACAGAGGACCAUUCUGUUGGAGCAGCCAGACAUCGUGAUUGGUACACCUGGCCGUAUGCUGUCUUGUCUCAAAUCUAAGUUGAUUGACCUGCAGCACCUCAGCUUCCUGGUCAUUGACGAAGCAGACUUGGUGUUUUCGUUUGGCUUUGAGGAGGACGUGCGUAAUGUCAUCGAGUACCUACCUAACAUUUGUCAGUCAUUCCUGGUCUCAGCAACGCUGUCAAAGGAUGUUGAGAAGCUGAAGGAGAUUGUAUUACAUAACCCAGUUGUAGUAGGAAUUGAAGAAAGCGCGCUGCCCGACCGCUCACAGCUUAGCCAGUUUCACAUCAGUUGUCUGGACGAUGACAAGUUUCUGAUCAUGUAUACUUUGCUCAAGCUGAGGUUACUGCUUGGCAAGUCACUAAUCUUUGUCAACGGUAUUGACAGAAGCUACAGACUAAAGCUGUUCCUGGAGCAAUUUGGCAUCAAGACCUGUGUCCUGAACUCAGAGCUGCCCCAGAACUCCAGGCAGCACGUGGUGGAACAGUUCAACCGUGGCAUUUACGACAUUCUGAUAGCUAGUGAUGAGAGCACACCAGAUUCAGCUGCAGAUAAGCCCGGGAAAAGCAAGAAAAAGAGAGCUCGUGGUGACAAGGAAUUUGGCGUUGCUCGUGGCAUUGACUUCCAUGGUGUUGAAGCUGUUGUCAACUUUGACUUUCCGCUAACUGCUGAUUCCUACGUCCAUCGUGUUGGAAGAACGGCGCGUGGCAUGGAGGCAGGCAAUGCUCUGUCCCUCGUCUCUCCAUCGGAAACCUUCCGGCUACGUAAAGCUGAGAAGAAGCUCCAAGUAGCAGCAGGAUGUGUUGCGGAGGACGCAGAGCCGUUUGUGAAGCCGUACGCGUUCAAGAUGUCUGAAAUUGAGGGCUUCCGUUAUCGGGCAAAUGAUGCAUUGAGGAGUGUCACCAAAAUAGCAAUAAAGGAAGCUCGACUAAAAGAAAUCCGUGCAGAAUUGCUUAACUCGGAGAAACUCAAGUCCUACUUUGAAGACAAUCCACGCGACCUGCAGAUCUUGCGCCAUGACAAAGUGCUGCAUCCAGUGCCAGCACCGGCACAUCUGAAAAACGUACCGUCGUAUUUAGUUCCCAAGGCUCUAGAGAAGACCUUCAGAAGCAGUCACCCACACGGUGCAAAGCAACAGCGGAAACCGGUCAAGCGUGGCGAUCCGUUCAAGAAAGGCUCGGCGGUCAAUAAGCGGAAAAGAGAUCCCCUCCGUAGCUACAAAGCAGAGAAAGGCUACGGCGCAGAUAAGCGGCGGAACAAUGCGUUCUUUAGCAAAGAUAAGGGUCGGCCGAAGGCCAAGAGAAAAGGCUAGGUAGCUGUACGAAGAGUGCGGCGAUACAUCCAGCAACAACAAAGCGUUGUGCUCUAUCUUCAGCAAGGUCAUCCAGUGAACAGUGAUUGCAAGCAAACACCGGCAUCAUAUAACCUUCUCAUAUCUUAAAAUAUUUGUAACCAUAAUAAGACUGAUUAUGAAAUCACCCUCCUCAUACACAGAUUGCCACCGAAAAGAUAACUUUCAUUAUACCGGUAUCCAUAUUCA